CCACAUAUGAUCGUCUUUAUUUUCAAUGGACGAAGCAAGCCUGCUACAGCUUUCACCUUCACAACACGUUAACUUGCCUUAAAUAUUUCUCUUCUCUCACAUAGGCUCAUAUCAUCAGAAACACAAUGGGCGAUGAUCACAUGAAGACUCUUCAUGCAAAGCCAAAGCAAGAACUUGAAGAACUGUACCAAGGAAUCCCUGAUGAGUCUGUUAACCUCACCUUUCAAGACCUAGCCAAUGUGAAUUUAUCGUCACAAAGCACCACAAUGGCCACAAAUGUUCAACACUUUUCUGAACCUACCAAUAACCCCACAAAGGAGCUUUCCACACUUCCUAGUCUUGACUUCAGAAGGGGCUUGGAGGCACUCAAUCACGUGAACAUCCAUCACCAUCAAGGUGGUGAUGACUCACCAAUGCCACCGUGGGGUCGUUUUAGCCAUGCAAGUGUUGCUGCACCGAAUGCUCAAAGAAGGGUCGGUGAGAAUAGCAUGAGCUAUGAUGCUACGAAGAGUUUUGCUUCUGGAAAAGGUGGUUCUGGUCGACGAAGGCGACCUGGGAUUCCUCACUCUAAGAUUUGCACUGUUUGCAGUGACUAUGUUUACUUUUUCAGGACAAGAUGCCUGGUAUGUGGCAGGGUUUAUUGCAGGCAGUGUGUGGAAAUAGGCAUGGGAGAAAUGACAGAAGGAAGAAAGUGUAUUGAGUGUCUUGGACUGAGAUUCAGCCAAAGGUACAUAGAGAGAGCAGGGAUGGUAGGGUUUUGCAGUUGGAGGUAUCCAAGUGCAUUGAAGCAUGUUGAGCUCAAGUGGGCUGAGAAAGGACCAAGGAGGAGUGGUGAAAGAGGCUAUGGUGGUCACCAUAGCAUGGCAUCCUCAAGACCAAGAACCCCUACAACCCCAAGGAGUCCUCAUUCUAUUGCCAGCACUGAACCUUCCUUUGUCAUGUCUGCAACACGUUCUCCCUUAUCUCAUCACCAUCACUUCCCUCUUUGAAAACAACAAUUAAUAAAUAAAUACUCUAUACUAUAUAUAAUAGUAGGUUAAACAACUUUUUUAAUUAAUCCUAGAUACGUAAAAGUUCGUUUUUAAUCUCUUAUUUUCAAAACAUCACCUUUUCAUCUUCUCUUUUUUAGUCAUUUUUGUUUCUAAAUCUGUUAAAUAUAAACACAUCAUCACACACCAAAAUUUAUGCAAGUUUGAAUUUUAAAAACCCUAUAAGUGUUGAAUAUUGGAUUAACGAAGUUACUAACAAAUUAAAUUUUGACACAUUUUACAAAAAGGGAUCGAACGUCAACUUUUUAAAAUGAAAGAUUAAAAAUGAGCUUUUACAUAUUUAUGAGAAUGAUAGAGAUGUUUAACCCUAAAAUAAUAUAUUUCAGACUACUCUAGUGCUCCAUAAUAUAUUAAUUUUUUCUGAGCUUUUUGUUUUCAACUUGAUGAAUUUUAUAUUGUUUCAUUCAAUUUGUUGAUUCAACUUGAAUUAAAAGAUAUAUUAUUUCCUUCUUUA